AAGGGCGGCAUCGACGCGGAGGACGCUCGGCGGCGGCGCGAGGCGUCGACCAUUCAGAUCCGAAAGGACAAGAAGGAGGAGGGGCUGCAAAAGCGGCGGCGGCCCGCGGCGGCUGCAGCGGCGGCGCCCUACGGUGGCAGCUCGUCGUCGCAGCCGCCCCAGCAGGCGCGCACGGCGACGCGGAGCGCGGAGGCUCCCGAGCCCGGGCUGGCCGAGACGCUCAAGUCUCUCCCCGAGGAUGUGCAGCUGCUCAACUCGGACGACCGCGGGCAGCAGCUCGAGGCGUGCAUACGGCUGCGCAAGCUGCUCUCGAUCGAGCGGAACCCGCCGAUCGCCGAGAUCAUCGAGGCGGGCGUGGUGCCUCGACUGGUGCAGUUUCUCCACUGCUUUGACGACCCCAUGCUGGCGUUUGAGGCCGCGUGGGCGGUGACCAACGUCGCUUCGGGCACCUCGGAGCACACGCGCGUCCUCCUCGACAACGGCGCCGUGCCGGUGCUGGUGCAGCUCGCUCUCCACGAGGACUCAAACUUGCGCGAGCAGUCGAUGUGGGCCUUGGGUAACAUCGCGGGCGACUCGCCGCGGUGCCGCGAUCUGGUGCUGUCGUACGGGGUGGUGCCGCGCCUCCUGCCGCAGUGCGAGUCCUGCGAGCAGCCGCGGGCGGGGACCUCGCGGAACGCCACGUGGCUGCUCUCCAACCUCUGCCGCGGCAAGCCGCCGCCCCGUUGGGCGUUGCAACCGCUUCCCUCGCCAUCACCACCGUCGUCGCCGCUUUCGCCCCCACCACCCUCAUCCCCACACUCGCCACCGCUUCAGACCGACGAUGAGGUGCUCACCGACGCCUGCUGGGCAAUCUCGUACCUCUCGGAGCCGCCCGAGCGCAUUGCCCCGCUGGUCGAGGCGGGCGCCAUUUUGCCGCUCGUCGCGCUCCUCUCGCACACGAUGCCCUCUGUGCAAACGCCGGCGUUGCGCGCCGUGGGGAACAUUGCAGCGGGGACGGCCGCGCAGGCGGCCGCACUCAUCGCGGGGGGCGCUCUUGGCCCACUCCAACGGCUGCUGAGCACGGGCCAGACCGGAGAGCUGCGCAAGGAGGCCGCGUGGAUGCUCUCCAAUCUGACCGCCGGCGACCGGGAGCAAGUCGCUGCCGUCUGCGCGGCCGGGGUCGUGCCAAAAUUGCUCGACAUGGCGGCGCACGAGGAGUACGAGAUCAAGAAGGAGGUGGUCUAUGCGCUGUGUAAUGCUUGCUGCUUUGGCUCCGCGCAAAUUGCUUGCGGCCUCGCCCAGCUCGGCAUCGUCGUGCGGCUCUGCGAUUUGCUCGAGCUGCCGGACGCGUCGCUGCUGCUUGCGGCGCCCGUGCUCGAGGCGCUCGAGGCGCUGCUACGAGCCGGUGGCGACGGCUUCGGUAUCAAUCCGCAUGCGCGCUUGGUGGACGAGGCGGGCGGCUGCGAGAAGAUUGAGGCGCUGCAGAUGCAUGAGAAUCCAGAGGUCUUCGAGAAGGCGCAGGCGCUGCUCGAGGCCUUCUUCGGCGCAGACGAGGACGAGGAG